AUGGGACACACGAAGAGGCAACACCCGCCAAGGUUACCAGAAGGCCGUAAACUCAGCGUCAAUGAUGUCAUCAUACGAUUGUACAGUUUCGUAGAGCUGUUCACGGACGCAAGCGUGAAGCGUAUAAUGGAAGCGUAUAUGCAAAAUGGGGAGUACAAUGCGCUCCUUCUCGACUGGUCGAAUCUGGCGUUCGGAAACUACAUCGUCUCUGCUAUCGGGCUGAGAGCGGUAGGUGAAGAGGCAGGGAAGGCAAUAGCGAGACUCAUAAAAGGCGGAUUAUCGCUAGAAGGGCUUCAUUUCGUUGGACACUCCAUGGGCGCAGAGCUGAUGGGAAUAGCAGCUCGGUUUCUGGCCGAAAAUAAAACGAAAGUGCCCAGAUUGACAGGACUGGACCCAGCGUACCCCGGCUUCUACCCCCCACUCCUCGGCCCGCCCUUACUGCCCUCCGACGCUACAUUCGUGGAUGUGAUCCACACGGACGGCGGCGGGUACGGCACGCCAUCGGCCACGGGCACGGCGGACUUCUGGCCUAAUGAGGGCAAGGCUAAACAGCCUGGCUGUUUAUCGGCCACUUUACAAUUUAUAUUACAUAUACUUUCGUUAAUUGACUAUUUUGAUCAUGUUCUAGUGUCAUUGUCAUGCCAGGGGCAGAGAGAUGCCAGUCUUCCUCUGUCUUACGACAGUUUCCGGCAGAUACUUCGUUCUAAAGUCUCAGUACCAGAAGGCCGUAAACUCAGCGUCAAUGAUGUCAUCAUACGAUUGUACAGCCCAAACGCAACGAAGCCAACUGGGUACCGAAUUAGAGAGACCAAGCGGCUGCUAGCCGACCCUAACUUCGACCUGCAGCGGCCCACAGUUGUCUACGCUCAUGGUUUCGUAGAGCUGUUCACGGACGCAAGCGUGAAGCGUAUAAUGGAAGCGUAUAUGCAAAAUAGGGAGUACAACGCGCUCCUUCUCGACUGGUCGAAUCUGGCGUUCGGAAACUACAUCGUCUCUGCUAUCGGCUUGAGAGCGGUAGGUGAAGAGGCAGGGAAGGCAAUAGCGAGACUCAUAAAAGGCGGAUUAUCGCUAGAAGGGCUUCAUUUCGUUGGACACUCCAUGGGCGCAGAGCUGAUGGGAAUAGCAGCUCGGUUUCUGGCCGAAAAUAAAACGAAAGUGCCCAGAUUGACCGGACUGGACCCAGCGUACCCCGGCUUCUACCCCCCACUCCUCGGCCCGCCCUUACUGCCCUCCGACGCUACAUUCGUGGACGUGGUCCACACGGACGGCGGCGGGUACGGCACGCCAUCGGCCACGGGCACGGCGGACUUCUGGCCUAAUGAGGGCAAGGCUAAACAACCUGGCUGUUUAUCGGCCACUGUACCGCUAACUUUUGAAGAUUUCUGUAGUCACUGGCGGUCAUGGGAGUACUGGGCCGAGUCAGUAGAAGGAGGCGACUUCAAGGCCCGGAAAUGCGAAGAUUACGAUACAUUCCUACGAGGACAGUGCAAGGAAGAGCCAUUGUCUCCAUGGGACUUAAGGCUAGCCCUGACUUAACCGGUAACUUUUACCUGCGAACAGCGUCGAAGGCACCGUUUGCGUUAGGAGAGAGAGGAGCGGACUGAUGAACAUACCAAAAAACGUACAAUGACGUUUAUCUUAUGCAUAUUACCUCGCGGGUAUGUGGAGAAACUUCGAUCCAUCAGAAUAUUUUGAGGUGACCGCUCA